AUGAGUCGUACUACAGCACUACCCCCGCGCUUCUCGACAGAGGAAGAGAUUGAGCAGCUCCAAGACCUGCCUGCUAGCGUCGGCAGCCAAAUUCCUGCAGUUGGUAGCGUCUCGCAGAGCGCUUUCCAACCUCCCAACAGCCGACGAAACAGCUACAACGUGGCGGGCAGCGGAUCUAUGCCCUUGGCUUCAAGCCGCAGCAGCUCUUUCAGUGGUCAAAGUGGCUCGAGCGUUUCUCGACAGGUUUAUACGGCGGGAAACCAUUCUCCUGACGUCGGCUCACCGGGCGAUCUUGGAUACAUGCCGACGGUGCAAGGCCGCGACUAUGACAACUUUGUCACCAACAUGAGCGGCUAUGCGACGCCUUCAGCGCAGAGCCACAUGAGUGUAGCGACUCCGGCAGCUGGCUUGUACCAGGCGCCGUCCGAGACGUCGUUUGGCAAUGCGGCGCUCAAGUAUCGCAAGCCUUUUGCACAGCGUGUGCUCAAUCCAGGCGAAAACAUCGAAAAGCCAUGGUUGCAAGACAAGAAACGUCGCUCGUCGGACCGCAAGGCGUACUGGAUCUUUAUCUUUGGGCUCUCGUUGGGUCUGAUCGGCUCUGCAUUGCUCAUGUACUUUGCCUAUGCGGCGGUUCCCAAGGGAAAGUACUGCCUUGUGCUCGAUGAGCAGUUCGAUGGCGACACGAUCAACAAGGACAUUUGGUUCCAUGAGAUGGAGACUGGCGGGUUCGGCAACAACCAGUUUGACUGGACCACAGACUCGACCAACAACUCGUUCGUUCAAGAUGGCAAGCUCUACAUUGUCCCCACGCUGACAUCCGAUGCGCUUGGAGAUGCGGCCAUCAUUGACGGCUAUACACUCAACCUCACCGAGGCGGGGACGUGCACAGCUGCCAAUAAGUCGGACGCCAAUUGCGCUGUAAGGUCCAACGCUACCACUGGUGUGGUGUUGCCGCCAAUCCAGUCGGCUCGACUGAUGACCAACUUUUCGCGCAGUAUCAAGUACGGACGAGUCGAGGUUAAGGCUCGUAUGCCUACAGGAGACUGGAUCUGGCCUGCGAUCUGGAUGAUGCCCAAGGACUCUGUGUACGGAAGCUGGCCGCAAUCGGGCGAGAUCGACAUCUUCGAAGGUCGCGGCAACUUGCCCACGCAUCGCGAUAGUCAGGGCACAAACCAGAUGUCUUCUACUCUCCACUUUGGUCCUAACUCGCUCUUUGACGGCUACGGUUACGCCACCAAGGUGCGAAACCUUUGGAGGGAUUGGUUCAACCAGCGCUCGCACACGUUUGGACUCGAGUGGACCGAAGAUGCGCUGUGGACGUGGGAGCGCUCUCGCGUGUUCCGAAACCUGGAUGUCAAGUUUGACAAUGGCUUUUGGAAGCGCGGUCGUUUCCCGAACCAGAUGGCCAACGGAACGCUCCUGGCCAACCCAUGGGCGUCAGUGCAAGGCCCACACGCCAACGCCGCACCGUUCGACCAAGAGUUCUACCUCAUCCUCAACGUAGCCGUCGGAGGCACCAACGGCUACUUCAAGGACGGCCUUGGAGAUGAAAAGCCAUGGUCCAACGAUGCGCGAAACGCUGCCAGCCAAUUCUGGCAGUCCAAGGACAAAUGGCUCCCCACUUGGCCUACAGACCCCAAGAAGCGUGGCAUGGAAAUCGAGUACGUCAAGAUGUGGCAGAAGUGCUAG